AUGCCUCUCGCCGCGGCCCCCUCGAUCGAGGGCGCCACUUCGGGGUACUCGGACUCGUCGCCGGGCACGACGCAGCACUCCGCGCGCGCGUUCCACCACUCAGAUAGUCGCGGGGGCGCGCACAUUCCGACCCUCCUGGCCACUGGUCUCGAUGGGCUGCGCCGCGCGUCCAGCGGGACGUGCCACGAGGCCUCGAUCGGCCAGCAGGUUCUCGCCAUCGAAGCGAGGGCCUCCGGCAUCCGCGACCAGGUCAAGGCGUCCUCGGCGAAGGACCCCGACGGCGCCUUCCAGGCCGUCCGCAGGAUGCAAGCGGACGUCAUCGUGCAGGUCAUGGGAGCCCACUCCCACCUCAUGAACCUGCUCCUCGCGGACCUCGAAGCAACCACCGUGCGCGCCGGACAGAUGCUUGCACUGAUCAAGGACGGCGAACUGACCGAGGAGAUCUUCAGGGAGAACGAGGAGAAGGCGUGGACGACGUGGCACCGCGCGUGCACCUGCCACGACAGCGCGGAGGCCUCGCACGGCCGCUGGCUGGCGCGUCUGGGCGCCGACUCCGAGGGCAGCGGGCGCCGCGGCUCCAUCGGCGGGAGCGCGCGGGAGGUCGUGGCCAGCACGCAGCCCGUCAUCGCGUCGAUCAUCGGGCAGUGGGAGCGCGCGACGUCGGUGUGGGGCUUCAGCCGCGCGGCGACGCACCAGGCGCUCGAGGCCGCGGCGAGCGCCGCGGUGCCGUGGGCCGCGGACGCCGCUGCCGCGAUCACGUCGAAGGAGUUCCUCGACGCGCUCUGGCAGCGCGUGCGGAGCUGCCGCCGCCACAUCGGGACGGCGCGGCUGCACCUGUCGCACCUCGCCGCCUCGCGCGGGCCGCAGGAGGCCCUCACGCGGCUGUCCGACUGGCUCACGGGGGAGUUCUGGAAGGAGUGGCUCGAGAUGUACGCCGAGCGCGGCGCCCGCGGGCUGCCCUCCGAGGAGGCGGACGACUUUGUUCUGGAGCGCAUGGCGGCGUGCGCGGACCUCGUGCACCUCGGGUGGCAGGUCGGCGAGUGGGACGAGGUCGAGGCGUCGCUGGCGGCCUUCGUGAGCGGCGGGCGGCAGUACGCGGCCGCGGUCGCGGCGCUGCCGCCCGACGGGCAAGCAGCGGUGCGCACGCUGGGCCGGGCCGCGAUGGCCGAGGCGCACGCGUGCCACGCGACGGAGGCGUCGCGGCGGGCGCGCGUGCUCGGGCAGGCGAGCCGGCGCGGGCGGCUGAUCGCCGGCGCGCUCACGCACGCGUGGGAGUGCCCCUGCUGCUUGGGGUCGCUGGCCACGGGCGUGCUGGAGCCCGUGUUCUACCGCUGCAAACACCCCCGGCCGAUCGAGCUCGGGUGCAGCCCGCACGUGGCUUGCCGGGGCUGCGCGGAGAUGCUCGACGGGUGGUGCCCCGUGUGCAAGAAGCACGCGGGCUUCCGGUCGGCGGCGGAGCAGGCGGAUGCCACGCAGCGCUCCAUGGCGGGGUCCCCGUGA